AAAUGUAGUUACUUGUGUAAUAAGGCGCUAUUAGUCUUUAAGAAACUUAAUAGAAAAUGUGGUUACCUUUUUAAAUGCAGGCGGUAAUAACGCGAACUUUAAUAGUGACUGUGUGUCGGUUUGAAUUAAAUUAUUGAGCAGAGAAAACAUUAAGUCGGUACUGUCCGAUAACGGACACACCACAACAGCUAACUGGCAAGUUAUCGUAUCAACUAGCGGGACACAGAGCGGGAGGUUUGAAAAAAAUGUCACCAACACAACACGGUGAGAUGACCUCGUCCACCCCCGGCCAGAUGGCGGAUCUCAUCCCGAACUUGCCGCCUGGGAUGGGAAGGUCGGCAGCUUUGUUGGGGCUAUCUGCCGGGCUGGGGGGAGCAGAGAUGGAGCUGCAAAAAAUGCUCAUAGACGAGAGGAUGAAAUGUGAAAACCACAGGACCAACUACGAGACACUCAAGGCUGAACACAAAUGUCUUCAGGAGGAGUUCACGCAGUCGCAGUUAGAACUGAAGCGUGUGCUGGGCGACAAGCAGGCUCACCAGGAGAAAGUUCAGCUGGUGGUGGCUGAGCUACAAGGGGAGCUGCUGGACAAAACCAGGGAGUUGGAGGAGCUUCGACUGCAGGUGAUGACGCCCCAGCGGUUGGAGUUGCUCCGAGCUAAUGUGCAGCAGGACAUGGAGGCUCCCUUCAGAGAGAGGUUCAGCAAGCUUGAGGAGGAAGCAGAGAAGUACAGGUCUGAGUACAACAAGCUGCGGUAUGAGUACACUUUGCUCAAGUCCCAGUUUGACCACCAGAGGGAGGAACAUGGUCGAAUCCUGGAGGAGAGGAAGAUUCACUAUGAGGCACAGUUGUCUCGCCUGGGGAAGGAUCUGGAGGAACUGGUGGCUCACUACCAGGGCUCCGACCCGCUGCGUGACGGAAAACGUGUGGAGGCUCUACUCAGGGAGAAGGCACAGCUACACCAGCGAAUAAAGGGCCUCGAGGCAGAGGUGGCAGAGCUUCAAGCCCAAAAAGACAACUCGGGUCAACAGGCGGAAAACGUACAUCGCAUCCAGAUCAGACAGAUUUCCGAGUCCCAGGCUGCGGUGAAGUCACUGGAGGCGGAGCGGCAGUCGUUGCGUCUGCAGCUGGAGCGAAUGGAGCGUGAGCUUCACCAGAGCCACGAGCAAGUCAGCCAGCUGACAGGGCGACUGCACAAGGCUGAGAGAGAGGUCAACUCCCUCACAUGUGAGAUUGAAAGCCUGAAACAUUCUCACAAACUGGAGACUGCAAACGUCAAACUGGAGUGUACCCGCUCCAAGGGGGAGGUGGAGAGGGAGAAAGAUGCACUGCAGGGGCAGUUAGAUGGACUGCAGGCAGAUGUGGAGGUGCUGAAAGACACAGUGGAGCGACACAAGGCGGCGUUGGUGGAGAAGGAGAGGGAGCUGGUGAGGAAGGUGCAGUUGGCGCAUGAGGAGGAGUUCCACAAAAUUGCAGCACUCCAUGAAGAAAAGCUGGAGUUGGAGAGCCGCCUUGCCGCGCUGGAGCAGCAGAGGGCGCUGCAGGAUGCGGCAGAUCAUGCCCAGAAGGCAGAAUGGGAAGCGCGUGUCCAUAGUGCCCAGCAGGGGGAGGAAUCGAGCCGUAGAGAAGUGCAGAUGCUGAGAACCAAACUUCAACAACAAAGCUCACAGCUGGAGGAGCUGGAGAGACAGAGGGCAGAGGUCACGGAGCUGCAGCAGAAGAACCAGGAGCUCGGUGUCCAGCUGGGGGCGCUGUCUCACUCUGAGAGUCAAAUGAUGGAGGCUAACCAGCGGCUCAAGGAAACACUGGACAGAGUGAGGGACGAGCUGAGGAUUACUCGAUCCCAGGCGGAGAGGAGCCAACAGGAGGCGGAGAGGAUGUCGGAGGAUCGGCAGGUCGAGUGGUUGGAAGAGAAGCACAAACUUCAGGGGCAGAUGACCGACCUGAGGCAGAAAUACAGCGGCGUCAAGGAGAAGCUGCAGAGGGCAGCAGCAGCUCAGAAGAAGAGAAAAACACAGACGGAGAACAAGGAGAAGAGACUUCAGGAUAAGAUCCAGCUGCUUCAGGCAAAGGUUGAAGAACUAGAGCUGGAAACUGCUGCAGCCAAAAAAUUUUCUUCUUUCUCAGAAGAACAAGCCCAACUCAGCAGACGCUUCAAGGAGCUGCAACGAAGACACAGCGAGUUCCGGCGCCUCCUGUUGGACGGACAGGUUUCAUUCAGCGGUGCCGUUUUACAUACAUCGACACCAAACACGUUCCGACACCUCGCCACUGAAGGAGCGAUGUCCAACAUUCCAGAGGAACAGAAUCAGAAUCAGAUGGCGUUACUGCGUCAGCGGCUCGAAGAGCUGGAGAAUACUCAGCAGCAACAGCUGGAGGAACUGGGAUCUUUGGUGCAAAGAGAACGAGAGUCCGCGCUAAGUACUGGGUCCUGACAGUACUGCACUCUGGACUAUGUUUCUCUGAGAGACUGAGCCGAAAUACUUUGGGUUUGUACUUGCUUUACCUGUACGUCAGAAGGGCCACAGGUCACAGGAGCCACAGGUCAGGUAUUCAUCAACGUGUUGUUGCCAAAAUGAGUUUGCACUCUGCUGUGAAUGAAUUUAGAAAUAAUAAAAAAAAACAAUUAUAAAGAUUGAUUCCAUCUAAAGUCAAACUUUACUCCACUACUGCACAUAAAUAUUUCCAUUCAAAUAUUAGCUCCAUUGUUUUUAGAGAGUAGCUCAUUUUUUUCCUGGCAUGUUUACAUAAAAAUGAACAAUACGUGUUGUCGCAGUCGAUAGCAGUUACAAACGUUGAGCGUACACGUGUGCUGUGGGUUUUAAAUGCCGCAGCACCUUUUGUGUCGUCGUCUACAUCCUCAGGGCGCGGUGGUUUUUCUAAUUCUUCUCUUCAGUGUUUGCUUUUUAAGCCACUCUUCUAUAAACACUUUAAAAACUUUUUUUUUGCACAGACAUACUCUGUAGUGUAUAGUAUCAUGUUUUUACUUGAAAUAAACUACAGUCGGUAGUAAACCCGU